AUGCCGGGCCUGCAGCUAGGGCCUCUGGCCCCAGGCCAGAAAGGACUUGGAAAGAUGAAGAGUGGGAGCCUCCACAUCCUCUCUCCUGCCCAGGACGCCCACCGCCGCCCCCCGGUGAGGAGGGGGCCACAGCCCUGGCAUGAAGCUCCUCCUAGCAGCCUGGCGCCGGGCCCUGCCGCCCAGGAGGCCCCCCGCGCUGCCGGCAGCCCUAGACCUCCCCGCUGCGGCGUGCCUGACCCGCCUGAGGGGCCGAGUGCCCGCAACCGACAAAAGCGGUUCGUGCUGUCGGGCGGGCGCUGGGAGAAGACGGACCUCACCUACAGGAUCCUCCGGUUCCCGUGGCAGCUGGUGCGGGAGCAGGUGCGGCAGACAGUGGCAGAGGCCCUGCAGGUGUGGAGCGAGGUGACACCACUCACCUUCACUGAGGUGCACGAAGGCCACGCCGACAUCAUGAUUGACUUCACCAGGUACUGGCAUGGGGACAAUCUGCCGUUUGAUGGACCUGGGGGCAUCCUGGCCCAUGCCUUCUUCCCCAAGACGCACCGUGAAGGGGAUGUCCACUUCGACUAUGACGAGACCUGGACUAUUGGGGACAACCAGGGAACAGACCUCCUGCAGGUGGCAGCCCACGAAUUUGGCCAUGUGCUGGGGCUGCAGCACACGACGGCUGCUAAGGCCCUUAUGUCCCCUUUCUACACCUUCCGCUACCCGCUGAGCCUCAGCCCAGAUGACCGCAGGGGCAUCCAGCACCUAUAUGGCCGGCCUCGGCCAGCCCCCACCUCCAGGCCCCCGGCCCUGGGCCCCCAGGCUGGGGUGGACACCAAUGAGAUUGCUCCACUGGAGCCGGAAGCCCCACCAGAUGCCUGCGAGGUCUCCUUUGACGCAGUCUCCACCAUCCGCGGCGAGCUCUUCUUCUUCAAGGCAGGCUUCGUGUGGCGGCUGCGUGGGGGCCGGCUACAGCCUGGCUACCCUGCGCUGGCCUCUCGCCACUGGCAGGGACUGCCCAGCCCCGUGGAUGCAGCCUUCGAGGAUGCCCAGGGCCACAUUUGGUUCUUCCAAGGCGCUCGGUACUGGGUGUAUGAUGGCGAGAAGCCAGUCCUGGGUCCUGCACCCCUCUCUGAGCUGGGCCUGCUGGGGUCCCCAGUCCACGCCGCCUUGGUCUGGGGCCCCGAGAAGAACAAGAUCUACUUCUUCUGCGGCGGAGACUAUUGGCGCUUCCACCCCAGCACGCGCCGUGUGGACAGCCCUGUGCCCCGCCGAGUCACCGACUGGCGAGGGGUGCCCUCUGAGAUCGAUGCCACCUUCCAGGAUGCUGACGGCUAUGCCUACUUCCUGCGUGGCCGCCUCUAUUGGAAGUUUGACCCAGUGAAGGUGAAGGCCCUGGAGGGCUUCCCCCGCCUUGUGGGCCCCGACUUCUUCGGCUGUACCGAACCUGCCAACACUUUCCGCUAACCAGCGUGGAUGCCCUCAGGGCUCCUGACCCCUGCCAGGCCACUGACAUCAGCUAGAGACCUGUGGCCAUCUUUGUGGCUGUGGGCCCCAGGCAUGGGAUGGAGCCCAUGUCUCCUCAGGGGGGUGGGGAGGGGGUGCUGCCACCAUGACAACUGCAGGGAAGGCCACGCGGGUCGUGGUCAUCUGCCAGCGACUGUCUCAGACUGGGAAAGAGGCUUUGGUGUUAAUUAAGGGUGAGGGUGGUUCAGGUCGGCUCUGCCCCACCUCGUGCAGGUCACGGUCAAACCGGCCACCCUCAGUCUCCAUCCCUGUCCCUCAGCAGGGCUGGGGGAGCUGGAGCCCUCACUGGUUGGUGAUCCUGGAGAUCUGCUCCCCAGGAUCCAGGCCAAAAGGUCCACAGUCGGCUGGGGAAGAGGGGUGCUUCCUGCCAGAGACCCCAGGCCCUGGAGGCCCCAACAUACCUCAAUCCUUAUCCCAGCACUGGGACCCUCCAAAGCCAUGUAAAUGUCUGUAGUGUGUACAAAGCCUUUUUUU